UGUCUCAGUACCCCUCCCCACUUUCCCCUGCGGUCUUGGUGCCGCCCCAUUUCCCCUCCUCCAAGCGUGGUCUUUCCCGGAAAGUACCCAAAGAACCAGGCGCGCCUACCCCCAUUCCUUCCUUUCAUAAACUGGUCAUCCAGUCACUUGGCACAGGAAGCUCCGUGGGAGAAGGCGCGGCCGGAGUUGGUGACAUUGAAGAAUAUGACUAUGGAUUUGACCCAGGAAGAGAGGCACCUCUUGGACCAUUCUCAGAAAGAAGUCUGCAAGAAUGUCAUGGCAGAGGAUUCCCAGAACCUGAUCUCCCUAGAUGCAGAGACCAUGUUUGAUAUGAAGGAGAUGAGCGCAAAUCUGAAAAUGACCUCACAAAAAGACUAUACUGAAGAUGUGACUGAUCUUGCUAACCACACUGGAGAUAAAGGUUAUGAAUACGAGCUAUAUUCAGAGGAUUUGGAAAAGAGCUCCAGUGUUGCCAAAGAUAAGGAUAUAUGUACUGAAGAAGAAAAACCACAUGAGUGUCAUGAAUGUGGUAAAGCUUUUAGUGUAUAUUCUUCCCUUAUCAAGCAUCAGGCUGUCCAUAGUGAAGAGAAAUCUUAUGAACGUAAUGACUCUAGAAAUACUUUUAGAGAGCGAUCUACUUUUGGUAAACAACAGAGAAUCUAUACUGGAGAACAAUCUUACAUAUGUAAUCAAUGUGGAAAGGAUUUUCAAUGUUACUCCAAAUUUGCUGAACAUCAGAGAAUUCAUACUGGAGAGAAACCUUAUGAAUGUAGUGAAUGUGGAAAGGCUUUCACACAGUACUCCAAUCUUGCUAAACAUCAAAAAAUCCAUGCUGGAGAGAAACCUUAUGAAUGUAAUGAAUGUGGAAAAGCUUUCACACAGCACUCCAAUCUUGCUAAACAUCAGAGAAUUCACACUGGAGAGAAACCUUAUGAAUGCAAUGAAUGUGGAAAGGCUUUUACACAGCACUCCAAUCUUAUUAAACAUCAGAGAAUCCAUGCUGGAGAGAAACCUUAUGAAUGUGAUGAAUGUGGAAAGGCUUUUACACAGAGCUCAAAUCUUGUUAAACACCAGAGAGUUCACAGUGGAGAGAAACUUUUUGAAUGUAAUAAAAAUAGUGAGACUUUGAAAGAGAGUUCUGCUCCUACAAAACAUCAGAGAAUCCACACUGGAGAACAAUCUUACAUAUGUGAUCAAUGUGGAAAGAAUUUCCGAUGUUACUCCAAAUUUGCAGAACAUCAGAGAAUUCACACUGGAGAGAAACCUUAUGAAUGUGAUGAAUGUGGAAGGGCUUUCACACAGUAUUCCAAUCUUGUCAAACAUCAGAAAAUCCAUGCCGGAGAGAAACCUUAUGAAUGUGAUGAGUGUGGAAAAGCUUUCACACAGCACUCCAAUCUUGCUAAACAUCAGAGAAUCCACACUGGAGAGAAACCUUAUGAAUGUAAUCAAUGUGGAAAGGCUUUUGCACAGAGCUCAAAUCUUGCUAAGCACCAGAGAAUCCAUGAUGGAGAGAAACCUUAUGAGUGUCAUGCAUGUAAUAAAGCUUUUCGUGCACACUCUUCCCUUAUUAAACAUGAGAGUAUUCACACUAGAGAGAAACUUUAUGAAUGUAAUAAACAUACUCUUAGUAAACAUCAGAGAAUCCAUACUGGAGAACAAUCUUACAUAUGUAAUCAGUGUGGAAAGAAUGUUCGAUGUUACUCCAAAUUUGCUGAACAUCAGAGAAUCCACACUGGAGAGAAACCUUAUGAAUGUGAUCAAUGUGGAAGGGCUUUCACCCAGCAUUCCAAUCUUGCUAAACAUCAGAGAAUCCAUGCUGGAGAGAAACCUUAUGAAUGUGAUGAGUGUGGAAAGGCUUUCACACAACGCUCCAAUCUUGCUAAACAUCAAAGAAUUCAUACUGGAGAGAAACCUUUUGAAUGCAAUGAAUGUGGAAAGGCUUUCACACAAAGCUCAAAUCUUGCUAAACACCAGAGAAUCCAUGAUGGAGAGAAACCUUAUGCAUGUGAUGAGUGUGGAAAGGCUUUCACACAGAGCUCAAAUCUUGCUAAACAUCAGAGAGUCCACAUUGGUGAGAAAGUUUGAGUUUAAUAUGGUUAAGGUUUUAAUGCACAUUCUUCUUUGAUUAAAUAUUUGAGAAUCCAUUUUAAAGGAAAAAGCUUUUUAAUAUAAUCAAAUUGGAAAAUCAUUCAGGCUAAAGUCAUCCUUUACUUCUUGUCAAGAAAUUCAUAGGAGAUACAGAUCACAUCCCUGUAAUGAAUAUGAAAGGCAUACAAAUGGAGUACAGACCUUUGUUUGACAUCGGGAAAUUCAUCUUGGGAGCAGCUUUAUGUGGACUCUAUGUGGAAAAGUCUACAACCUGAGAUCAUCUCUUCUUUUACAUCUGAGGGCUCAUCGUGGAGAAAAGAUUAAUGAAUGUGAUUAAUAUGAACCUGUCUUUCCCUGGAAGUUGGAGGUCACUAAUCAUUGCAAUAUUCACAAUAGAAAAAAGCCUUAUAAAAGCAAUAAUUGUAAGAAAACUUUUACCCAGAGCUCAUUUUUGUGUGUACACUGGAAAAAUCUUGCUAGAGUUAAAACAUAUAGAUCUCAUUAAUGAGAGACUGCUUCUUCCUGCACAGUAGAUCUCAUUGAACAUUGCCAAUUUUUUCCCUGUGCAUAAAGCCCUGCAGAUGGACUGACUUCUCUGAAAUCCUAGAGUUCUUCAUGAGUUUUCUCUAAUAUGCUAUGCUAUAUUCCUGUUCCAUAACUUCCUUUACCCUGCCCCAUUUGAUUGGUACUCCCUGUGUUUCAUGAUACUAGCUGGUACAAAAAUGUCUAGUGUUGAUAUUCUGGAAUCCAUUGGAUAUUUAUUUUUAUAAUGAUUUUUUUAGACUGCUGGGUGGCACAAUAGAUAGAGGGCUUUCCCUGAAUGCACAAGAAACAAGUUUAAAUUUAGUCUCUGAUACUCAUUGGCUAUGUGACCUUGGGCAAGACACUUAACUUAUUUCUUUCUGAAUUUUUCUAUCUGCACAAUGGGGAUAGUAAUAGUAUCUACCAAAUGACAACUAGAAUAAUUUCAAAAGAAGUCGACUCACAUGAACUGAUACAAAGUGAAUUGAGCAGAACAAGAACAUUGUACACAGUAACAAUAUUAUACAAUGAAAAACUGUGAAUGACUUAGCUAUUCUUAGCAAUACAACGACCCAAGACAAUCCCAAAGGAUUUAUGAUGAAAACUGCCACCUAUCUCCAAAGAAAGAACUGAUAUCUGAAUACAAACUGAAACAUACUAUUUUUUACUUAGUUUCUCCCUCCCUUCUUCUUUCCCUCCCUGACUUCCCUCCUCGUUUCCUCCCUCCCUUCCUUCCCUUGUUCCUUCUUCCUUCCCUUCCUUCCCUCCCUGCUUCUCUCUUUCUUUCCUUCCUUCUUCCCUCCCCCCCUUCUUUCUUCCUUGCUUCCACCCUCCCUCCUUCCCUCCCUCCCCUCUUUCUUUCCUUCCUUUCUUCCUUUCGUCCGUCUUCUUGCACAAAACUACAAUUUUGGAAAUGUUUUACAUGAUUGUACAUGUAUAAUCUACAUCAAAUUGCUACUAUCUCAGGGAGGGCUGAGGGGAGGGAAAGAGGGACAGAACUCAAAACUUAAAAAAAAUGUUAAAAAUUGUUUUUACAUGUAAUUGAGGAGAAAAAUAUUUUUAAAAAAGAAAGGAAGUAUAAGUCAGCCAGCAAUUUUUAAAUAAAGCAUGUUGUAAUGAGAUUUUUUCCUAAGUGCAUUGAGUUUGAAAUAUCAUACUAAGUAUACUUUAUUAGCAAUAAAUAAAAUUUCUGAUUCAAAAGAAAAAUAGCAUCCACCUCCAAGGAUUGAUAAAAUCAAAUGAGACAAUAUUUGUCAGGUGAUUUGCAAAUAUUAAUUAGGUUAAAAUAAUUAAAUUAGUAAAGGCAGUUAUUAUUUCCCCUUGGCUCAUGUGUCUUAGCAAAGUCUAUGGCCUAAAAGAUGGUGGCCUAAAAGAUGGUUUGAUCACUUUUCUUUUUAUUCAAAUUGACAUUCAGAGCAUCAUCCAUGAAAGCAAUUCUGCCACAUAUGCUUUCUAGCUGUGUAAGGCUAGCGAAUAAUGUCUCUCUGCCUCAGUUUACUUAUCUCUAAAAUGAGGAGCUUGGACUCAGUGUCUUCCAUAGUCUCUAUGGCUCUAAAUCUGUGUUCUGAUUAAAAUUAUGUCCAUGUGCCUCUUUCCAGGAUUCCAGGAAGGAGAUCUAGUAGGACCAAGUCUGAGACCAUAGCAGAAAGUGGUAUCACUGAAAUUCUUUUGUUCUACUUAAAAAUAAAGACCUUGUGCACACGUGUGUCAUAUAUUAAAGAAAAUUAAUAUAGCAACCCUAGGUUUAACAAAAUCAAUGAAGUAUGUCACCAAAGAAGGAAUAGAGCCAGUCAUACAAAAUAUCAUAUGAAGCAAAAUGGAUUUUUUUUCACAUGAAGAAAUGCGUCUAUCUUAAAUAUAAAAAUAAAACAAUUUUUUUCUAUUUUAUUUUAUUUUUUAUUUUUAAAAAUAACUUUUUAUUGACAGUACAUAUGCAUGGAUAAUUUUUUACAACAUUAUCCCUUGCACUCACUUCUGUUGCAACUUUUCCCUUCCCUCCCCUAGAUGGCCGGCAGUCUUAUACUUGUUAAAUGUGUUAUAGUAUAUCCUAGAUACAAUAUAUGUGUGCAGAACCGAACAGUUCUCUUGUUGCACAGGAAGAAUUGGAUUCAGAAGGUAAAAAUUACCUGAGAAGAAAAACAAAAAUGCAAACAAUUCACACUCAUUUCCCAGUGUUCCUUCUCUAGGUAUAGUUGCUUCUGUCCAUCAUUAAUUAAUUGGAACUGAAUUAGAUCUUCUCUUUGUAGAAGAUAUCCACUUCCUUCAGAGUAUAUCCUCUUACAAUAUUUUUCUUGAAGUAUAUAAUGAUCUUCUGGUUCUGCUCGUUUCACUCAGCAACAGUUCAUGUAAGUCUUUCCAAGCCUCUCUUAUUCAUCCUGCUGGUCAUUUCUUACAGAACAAUAAUAUUCCAUAACAUUUAUAUACCACAAUUUACCCAGCCAUUCUCCAAUUGAUGGGCAUCCAUUUAUUUUCCAGUUUCUAGCCACUUCAAAAAGGGCUGCCACAAACAUUUUGGCGCAUACAGGUGCCUUUCCCUUCUUUAGUAUCUCUUUGGGGUAUAAGCCCAGUAGAAACACUGCUGGAUCAAAGGGUAUGCACAUAUUGAUAACUUUUGGGACAUAUAAAGAAAACAAUUAACUGGAGAAAUGAUUUGCAGCAAGUUUCUCAAAAAAAAAAAAAAAAAAAAGGUCUUCUUUCCAAGUACUUAAAAGAAUGGCUACAGAUAUAUAAAAAUAAGUCAUUCCCCAGGGGAUAGAUAUGUUUCAAGAACCCUAUGAAAAAAAUGCUCACAUCUAUAAUCACUAAUCCAAAUCACUAAUAAUUAGACUUUCCCAUUAGUAAAGAUGAUGAGAAGGGCAGCUAGGUGAGGCAAUGGAUGGCAUGCUGGGCCUGAAAUCAGGAAAAUCUGAGUUCAGAUGUGGCUUCAGAUCCUUCCAAGCUAUGUGACCUGGGCGAGUCAUUUCACCCUGUUUGCCUCAGAAUCCUCAUCUAUAAAACAAGAUGGGAAAGCUAAUGAAAAUAACUCUAGUAUCUUUGCCAAGGAAAUCCCAUAGAAUCAUAAAGAGUAAAACAUGAGUGAACAUCAACAGUGAUAAGAAAAUGGUGAUCAUAAAGAGUAGAGAGAAUUUUAAGCAUGGAUAUUGAAAGACAGUGUUCAUGCACUGUCCAUGUUAAACAAUUAUUGUGCCUAAUCCUGCCCUCUGAAUCCUUCAUCUCCAACAGGAGUUGGAUAAUAUAUUUUAUUUUUGGUCCUCUGGAGACACAAUUGGUCAUUGCAUUGAUUGAGAUUCUUAAGUUUUCCAGACUUAUUUUUUAUGACAAUAUUGCUUCUACUUGUAAAGUGUUCUGUGUCUGCCCAUUAUACUUCCAUUCUUUUUCUACAACCUUUAUUUCUUACAUUAUACAGCUUUACUUUCAUGAAAAUGACAUAUUUGGGGAAUCUAUUUUCCUUUACAUAUUAGUUUCAAGAAUCUGGAAAAGAUCUGAUCAGCGGGGAGAAAAUAAAUAUUUAUUUAAAAAUUAAAAACUAGCUGAGAAUUCACUAAUAAUUAGUGCUCAAAUUCACUAAUAAUUAUAGGCACCUGAGUUAAUUCACUGUUGGUCAAAGUGUGAAGCCUCAAAAGUGACUAAUGCCUUUUGAUUCCAGAGCAUAAGUAGUGUGUGUUUGUGUGUGUUCCUUAAAGACAGGAAAAGGAAAAGGAAAAGAAAGUGUCUAAUAACUCCUGUUAAGGGAAAGAACUGGAAAAUGAGAUGUGAUGAUCUUCUAUAGGGUGACAUAUUGCCAUAUGAAUUGAAUACAGAUAUGCUGUGAAAGACAGGCCCCUUCAUUGAAACCUCAGAAGAAUCACCUGAACAGUAACAACACUUCUAAAGAACAAGAACUUUGGAAAAUGUUACAAUUCAGUUGAUUGUAAUCACCACCACCAUUCCAGAGGACUUAUAAAGAACUGUGCAAUCUGAUCACAAGAUAAUGGAUUCAAGAUGUUGAAUAGAGUCCAUUUGGGCAUGUGGACAAGAUAGCAAUUUAUUUAGCUUGAUUUUGUGUCAUUGCUUCAGAUAUUUGUGUGUGUGUGUGUGUGUGUGUGUGUGUGUGUUUGGGGGGAGGGGAUUUGUCAUUUUGAAACUAGGAAUAGGAUUACUCUUUCACCGUACCACAAAAAAGAAAAAAAAAUGGUUGAAUGUUUUAAAACUCACACAAUAGAACAGGAGGAAGGCCAAAAUGAUUCAGGACAGAUUUGAAACUGCCAUAUUAAAUUUUUGAAUAUCUCAAAAUGAAAAUAAUAAAAAUUAUUUCAUGUGCAA